GUGAGCAACGGAAUAGCUCAACAAUAACAUCGCUCAAUCAUUAAAUGAACAUAGCUAAACAACUAAAUGAGAAAAAAGUACUCCUUUCGCGCAUCGGCUUCGAGAUGGUAAGAUUGUCGUCCGUAGCGCGCAGUCCUUCAAGUCGCGCAUUUCCAUUGCUUACACAAGUGCGGUGGUGCCGUGGUGGUGCCCGAGUGCCCGAGUCGCGUGAAAAGGAAAAUUCGACCUCCGCAUAAAUGAAACCCUCUCUCUUUCUCCUCGCACUUCGAUAAUCUAUCAAAUCCCCAGUGUUACUGUCGUCGCUACGCCUUCGCCGAUUUCCAAGCUCUCGUUCACUCCCGAUUCUAAGUUUCGCUAUUAUUAAUUUCCAGCAAAAAAAAAAAUCAGUGCCGCCGCCGACAUCCAGCGCAGGGGUGCAGUGCAUAUAAGAUAUAAGUGACGCACGUGUGUUUUGUACUUAAGAGGGAAUCUAUCCGGGCUGCUUAUUAUAGGCUCCCGAAUCGUUAGAUGGAAUGUCAUAAGGCGCACGGCGGCAUCCGGUAGACAACAUGUUCGCGAUAAAAACCAGCAGCGCUAUGAAUCUGCGCGACUCUGUGCCCGUGAUCGUGUCAAAAUUCUACAGCGACAGGAGAAAAACACGCACCGACUGAGAGAUUCUUCUCGCCUGGAAGCAUAGCCCCGUAGGAGCUCUAAAUCGCCGCUGGAAUUGAUUUCAUUAUCAGACCGGCAGAAUGACGACAAGAGGCGAUAAGGAGGAAGGGAACAAGAAAGAAAAGACUGCCUACGACUAUUACACCUACAACUCAACAGAUAUGCCUACUCUACCGAGCAAACCUGGGCCAUUCAUAGGAGUGAUUGACGUCGGCACGCGAACUGUCCGUUUUGUCAUCUUUAAUGCGAAGCACGUGACAGAAGUGCACUCGCACCAGAUCGACAUCGAGCAGCUGACGCCACAAGAGGGAUGGGUCGAGCAGGAUCCGAAGGAGAUCCAAUCGGCGAUCUCGACGUGCAUCAGCAAUGUUCUGAGAAAGAUGGAGGAAAAGGGUCUCGACGCCAGUAGCAUAGUCACCAUAGGAAUAUGCAACUCCAGGGAGACGACCCUCGUCUGGGACUCCAAGACUGGAGAACCGCUCUAUAACGCGAUACUGUGGUCGGACAUCAGGACGGACAAGUUGGUUGACCAGAUAAUCGCUCGGUUCCCGGACAACAACAAGAACCAUCUGCGUCCGAUCUGCGGAUUGCCGGUGAGCUCGUACUUUUCCGCUUUGAAGAUUCGAUGGCUCAUGGACAACGUCCCAGGUGUACGGAAGGCCAUUCGCGAGAGGCGAUGCAUGUUUGGUACCUUGGACACCUGGCUGGUCUGGAAUUUCACUGGUGGUAAGGACGGCGGUCUAUACAUAACUGAUGUAACAAACGCCUCGAGGACGAUGCUGAUGAACAUAGAGACGGUAACCUGGGACAUAACACUAUGCCGGUACUUCAACAUUCCCAUGCACAUUCUACCUAAGAUACGCAGCAGUUCCGAGAUAUACGGCAACAUCAAGGUUGGACAGCUCAAGGGCAUCCCAAUAUCAGGAAUCCUGGGUAAUCAGCAAGCAGCUCUAGUCGGUCAAAACUGCCUGAAGCAAGGCCAGGCCAAGAACACUUAUAGAAGCGGUUGCUUCUUGCUCUGCAACACAGGCACGCAGCGCGUUUUCUCAUCUCACGGUUUGGUCACGACGGUGGCUUACCAAUUGGGUCCCAACAGCCCGGUAGUUUAUGCUUUAGAGGGCUCGAUAGCCGUCGCUGGCCUGGCCAUCAAAUGGCUGCGAGACAAUAUGAAAAUGAUGAAGGACGUGCACGAAAGCGAACACCUCGCGCAAAAAGUCUUCAACACCGGCGACGUCUAUUUCGUACCUGCAUUCUCCGGGCUCUAUGCGCCCUAUUGGCGAAAAGACGCUCGAGGAGUAAUUUGCGGGUUGACGGCGUUCUCCACAAAGGACCACAUUAUAAGGGCGUCGCUGGAGGCUGUGUGUUUCCAAACAAGGGAUAUUCUAGAAGCUAUGUUCAAAGACUGCGGUUUUCCGUUGACCAAACUUUACACCGACGGCAAAAUGUCGGUAAACAGUUUGCUCAUGCAGCUGCAGGCAGACAUUUCCGGUGUGCCAGUGUUUCGCUCGACAGUGGCUGACAUAACAGCACUGGGUGCUGCCAAAGCCGCUGGAAAUGCAGCUGGAAUCGGACUCUGGGAAUUAGAAGGUGCAGGUGUAGAAACUGUGAUAACCGACACAUUUUUACCUACGACAUCGCCAGAAGAACGAGACGCAAGGUACAAAAAGUGGAGAAUGGCAGUACAAAGAAGCCUGGGCUGGGCGUCAGAAAAGAUGUCCCCGCAGAUGACAGAUGAAAGGUAUCGAAUCUUGGCGUCGAUACCAGCGAGUUGGUUCUUAAUGACCAGUUUUAUAUUACUAAGGCUAAGCUAUUACUUCGACAAUCGGUGACGCCUUACUAUCUGCGACACAAGAGAAUCCGUUAUAGCUAUCAGCUAGCUUCUAAACCUUCUAGGAUCAAGACACUCGUAUAGCCAAAUAUUUAUACACUCCGCUAGACUUUUCUCAAAAGUUAAAACUCAAAAGUUUAAACAUUGUACUUUUGCGACCUAAAAUGGUUUGAGAAAAAGAAUUAUGAACAUUUUUAGAUAUUCGAUUGUAUAUGUUACCCAAUACACAAACAUAUAAAGCUAGUAAAAAAAUUCCAAAAAUAAUUUUAACACGCGAGACACAUCGUCAUGGCCAUAUAUCUAAAAAUAUUUUUACCAGUUAUUUUUAGAUACACUGAUCGCCAUAAACUUAAUUUUUACCGUACUACUCUUUUAAAUAAAAAAGUUUAAUGCUAGCUUUAAAAACUGGAAUGGUUAGGAAAACAUUUCUCCUUUGACAUUACAUAAUUCUUUUUCUCCAAAAUAUCGCCGUAGCAUUUACUGAUAGUGCGUACACAAAAAAAACUUUUGCGUGUUAAGACCGAUAAAAUAGGCUUAAAACCUGCACUACUUUAAUAAUGGUGUUUUUCCGACUUAGUGUUGUAAUAGAAAUAGCAUUACAAUGUUCAUUCAGUUGCAACGAUAACGAUACGAUCGAGAAUACUUUUAUUUUCAUCUACGAAGAUUCUGUAAGUUUUUACUAAAUUAGUUCAAAAUCUAGUUUUAUAAAGAUAUUAUUUGUGUAAAUAAUCACAGCACAAUAUUUAUUUUGAAAAUGUAUUUACUUAUAAUGUAAUGGGAAAAUGCUACUUCAAGAUUUUAAAAUGAGCUCUUGGCGUUUGUCGUCAAUGUGUUCUGUAAUAUUUUGUUACAAAAUUUAUUUUGCAACGCUUACACCUAUACAUACUGCGCAGCUCACAACUCAAAGAGAACGUGCAAAAGAACUCCAUGACCGAGUAUUUGAAAACAGAAUAUUUUUAAGCCAUAUAUUACAAAGAUAUUUUUAAAGCGCAAUCUUUUAUUUGGAGUGAGGUUAAAAAAGUGUGUGCGAUCUAUGAAACGAAGGGAAUUGCUUAGCAAUAUUAAAAUUUAUAGAAAUACAUCCUUAAAAAAUAUGUAGGGAAAAUAUAUUUCUAUACAAUGAUAUUUUUAUACAUAAAUAAAAAUGUCAAUAUUAUGUGUCUAUAAUACGUUUUCUUUAUAUGUCUAUAGAUACAUAUAUAAACGAAACUAUUUUCCAAAAAAGCGAAGUCGUUUAUAUAAAUAAAGUCAAGAUAUAAUUACGGGAAUAAGAGGGGAAAAAUAAGUAAAAUUCUAUUUUUUAAAAUACACUACUGUAUGGUGCUCGGUCUACUUAACUUAAUGUAUGAUUAGCAAAAUAUUGAUUGUUCUUUCGUCGAUACGCCAAAGUAGAUCCUAAAGCAAAUGUUGCGUAGUGUCUACAGAAAAAAUCGUGCAAAGUUUCCAAAACAUAAUACAAACGUUGCGACUUUUAGCCCAGUCAAAUUGUUGAUCUUGUUCGCCAACUACACUAAUAUUGCUCAAUACAAUUGCGAUUGUUUGCAAAUUUGAUGAUAGGAAUAUCGAUUGAUAUGCAUGAUAAUUUUUUUAAUUACCCGAAGCAAAUUGGAUAGGCAAUUGUGUUCCUUGCUUGAAAAACUGUAAAAUGUUGUUUUAACUUUACGAUUGAUAAAGGAUAAAGGAUAAUGUAAAUUGUUAUUGAAAAUAAAAUUGUUAAAACUCACA